GAAGAAUUAAAAGUCUUGGUAAAUACUGUUGAGCCUGUGACUGAUGUGAACCUUGUGACUGAUCAAACAGAUAUUCUACUAACCUCUGAAUUAUCUAACAAUGUCUUAGACACACUAUCUCAAUCCAGCUAUUUAUCAAAUAAAAGUUUAACACCUGAAAAAAAUGACAGUAUUAUGCUAGAAGACCGAGAAAAUAAUCAUGAUCAUGAAGGGUUUGAAGAAAUUAAAAAUUUGCAAAAUGAGGAUAAUGUCAAUGAAAAAGUGAUUGCACCAGAGGUUGUUUCAAGUUAUGAUAGAGAAUCACUCAUUAAAGAGUACAAAGAAAUUUCAGAAGAAAGAAUUAAACUUCAAAAGGUUAACAACCAAUAUCAACAUAAACUCGCUGAAUACUUUCAAAAGAAAAAGACAGAAGAACAAAUAGUUGAUAUAGAAAGAAAUGAAAAUGAUCAAGAACAACGAUACCAAAAAUACAUUUCAAAUCUCAAAGAGCUGCAAAGCGAAGAAGCUCGCCAAGCAACCAACAUUCAGGCUCAAAUUGAAGAGUGCAAAGCAAGAUGGGAAGGAAAGUUGAAGGAAGUAGAUGAAGUGAGUAAAGUUUUUAAUGAUCUCAAGUACAAUAUUGGAAAGAAUGCUAUCAGCAGCCAUUCUGGUAAAAAGAUUGCCAGUACGGACUUGGAAAUAUACCGCCUUGCAGAAAUAAAAAAAGAACAAGAAGUCAUUGCUUGUCGACUUGAAAAUAUCAAAUUAAAGAAUCAACUAAAGAAAUAUGAAAUGCAGUUAAGAGAGAAGGAAGAACUAGGUGAAGGAUUGCAUCUUAUAGACUUUGAACAACUCAAAAUUGAAAAUCAAACCUUUAAUGAAAAAAUUGAGGAUCGAAAUGAAGAACUAAUGAAGCUUCGUAAAAAAAUUACAACAACAGUUCAAAUAUUUUCUCAUGUAAAAGAAAAAUUGCAGUUCAUACAAGACGAAAAUAUUGAGUUGCGUCAAAAGCUUCAGGACUUAGAUGUAACCCUUGCUCAGAGAAGAGAUAUUCUCACACGAAAUAAGCAGAUACGAGAUUCAUUGCGUACAGACAAUAACAAAUUGAAACAUCAAGCUGGAUUACUUGGUAAUGAAACUCUUCUACUGGAUUUUGAGCAAUGCGUUGAUAAGAGUGAACAGCUGAGAUCACACUUAACUCAACUAAAAGAUCAACAUAAAGAAUUAAGUAUUUGCUUAAAAACUCUGCGAAAGAAUAUUGAGUCUUAAACAACUAAAAUAUUUAUAUAUUAAUAAAAAUUAACAUGUUUUUUUUGUUAAUGUUUCUGCAACAGGUUAAUAUAUAUAUAAAAAGCUCAAUGCAAUAUUUAUUUUCAAUUUUUAUUUCCCCUUGAAUUCAACUAUCAUCAGUAAGUGUUUUAUGUAAAUGUAUUUUAAAACUAUCAAAUGUUUUAGUUUCUUUUCAAUUGGCUAUUAUUAGCCCUGAGUGUUUUAGUUUCUUUUUAAUUAACUAUUAUUAGCCAUUAGUGUUUUAGUGUUUUUUUAAUUAACUAUUAAUAGCCAUUAGUGUUUUUUUUAUAACUUACAAAUAUAAAUAUAUCUUUUUUAAUAAUAAUUAUCAAUGUUAAAAUAUUUUUAACAAACAAUGUUCUUUAGUGUCCUUAUAGUAACAAGUUUCAGCCAUGUUUUAGUUUCUUCUUAAUAAUAGUUAUCAGCCAUGAGUGUUUUAGUUUCUUCUUAAUAACAUUUAUUAGUCAUGAGUGCUUUAGUUUCUUUUUAAUAACAGUUAUUAGCAAUGAUAAAAAGUUUCAGCUAUUUUUUAAUAAUAAUUGUUAGUUAUAAAUGUUUUAGUGACUUUUUGUUAACAAAUAUAAGUAUGUUUUUGUAUUUUUUUAAUUAGGCAUCUGUGAAUAAUAGUUUACUGUUCUUCACAGAUGUUCAAAAAUGUUUUUGAUCAACAGUGACUACUUACUGAAUGAUGAAUAAAACAAAACUUUGGUAGGAAAAAUCAACUUUUACAUUCUCUUAAAGUAAAAUAGCAUUUCUUGGGUAGCAAACCUAUAGCAUAUAAAG